AUGGAGAACCAGGUCAGGCUCAUUGGAGCUUACACCCGCUAUUCCAGCUGGACUUCUCGUGUAUCGGUCCUACUGGACUACUACCGCAUUCCCCACGAGGCAGUCCUGGUAUCAUUGGAGGAGUCCACGAAGCUAUCGAAAACAGGCCUUGUGCCAGCUUUAGAGGUGCCAUCUCUCGGUCCAUCGUUCCAGAUCAAUGACUCGCUCGCCAUCUGUGAAUAUCUCGCAGAGUCCCAUCCAGACCUGCCCCUAUGGCCCAGAGAUGCCGCUCUGCGCGCCCAAGCCCGCAGCGCAGUCGCACAGAUGCACUCUGGUCUCUGCACAGUGCUACGCACUUCUUACCCCACCAAUGCACUCGGUAGGUACACGGGGAACAUCCCAGUGUAUGACGGCGCCAUCAAAGAGGUGGAGAACUGUCUCAAGCUCUGGGGCGAGAGUAGGCGGUAUACGGUCUCCAGACUGGCAGAGCUCAAACAGGUAGAUGACGGCUUCUUGUUCGGCGAGUUUAGUAUCGCAGAUGCCUUCUUUUGGCCAGUCCUAUGGCGUUUCCGGACUUAUAACCUCCCUCUCACCAGUGCUACGCCGGAGGCACUUCAGUGGAUGAAGCAUAUGUGGUCUCAUCCGAAAAUCAAGGAGAUUGUCCAUGGAUUCUACCUGCAGAAAGAGCGUCCGGAGACCACCACCCCCCGCUAUGAUGAUAUCUUCGAGGGUAACCCGGACGUGCAUUUUGGUUGGUUCCCCGAAGACUGGGAGUUCUCUGUUUAG